UAUUGCUCUGCCUCCUCCCUGCCUGUCUCUCUCGCAGCACAGAGGUCAAACCAAAAGCCGCACCCCGCCGCAACCCCAGCCCAACCCACCGCCGCCACAGCUCUCCAAUGGCGGCUCCCCUCCCCCUUCAAAACCGCCUUUCCCCUCGCCCCGUCUCCCUCGCAAUCUUCCUCUAGUAGUGCUAACCUCAAUCUCCAUACAAGCGAAGGCAGGAGCUCGCUAGGCGAAUCUGCGGCGGUAGCGGGGGCGAGCAAUGGAGGGGGUGUGGAGGAAGGCCAAGAAGGCGCUGGGCGCCGGCCUGUGCGUGCACCUCCCCGCCGUCGCCGGCGACCGGGAGGACGGCGCAAGCGAGCGCCGCGCCUCGGAUGCGGUCUCCCUGGACUCUACAGCGGCGGCGCACGCAUCGGCGCCGAACACGCCGGCGGCGACGGGCACGGCGGAGGCCCGCGCGCUGCGGAGGUCCAUUUCUGGAGGCAAGUCCUCCAAGAGAAUGUGCGCUAUAUGUUUUGAUUCCAUGAAGCCAGGUCACGGGCAAGCCCUAUUCACUGCUGAAUGUUCUCAUAUGUUUCACUUCCACUGCAUCUCCUCCAGUGUGAAGCAUGGAAACCAUGUAUGCCCAAUUUGCCGGGCAAAGUGGAAAGAGAUCCCCUUCAAUCGCUCAUUAUCUUCUAUAGUUCCCCGAGGAAGAGGUGGGCUCAAUGCAAACCAAGCUCGAUUACCCCAGCAAGAUGCCUACAUGGCUCUUCUCCGCCCGGUUCCGAACCGUCAGCGAGAAGCUCCUGUCUUACUUGGUUCUGAGCCAGUAGACUUCAAUGAUGAUGAACCUUUGCAGAAGAUGGAGUCUGCUAACAUUGGAUCUAGUAGAACUGUGGAAAUUAAGGCAUAUCCAGAGUUUUCAGCUAUUCCACAAUCAUCUCAAGAUGAUUUUGCCGUUCUGAUCCAUCUAAAGGCCCCAUAUGCUAACCCUGAGCAGGUCACAGGCAGAUCGGUCAAUGUGACCUCAAAUGGGUAUCCUACAUCUCGUGCCCCUGUGGAUCUUGUUACCGUGCUUGAUGUUAGUGGAAGUAUGGCAGGCACUAAACUGGCACUCUUGAAGCGAGCCAUGGGGUUUGUAAUACAGCACCUGGGGCCAUCUGAUCGUCUUUCAGUCAUUGCUUUCUCAUCUACUGCCAGAAGGUUGUUCCAUCUCCGACGGAUGUCACACUCUGGUCGGCAGCAGGCCUUGCUGGCUGUCAACUCACUCGGUGCUAGUGGUGGCACAAACAUUGCUGAUGCACUGAAGAAAGCUGCUAAGGUUAUUGAGGACAGGAGCUAUCAGAAUCCAGUAUGCAGCAUCAUUCUCUUGUCAGAUGGCCAAGAUACAUACAAUAUUUCCUCAAAUAUCAGGGGUGCCCGACCAGAUUAUAGGUCAUUAGUUCCAUCUUCCAUACUAAAUCACACAUUUCGCUUAGUGCCCGUGCAUGCUUUUGGUUUUGGAGUAGACCAUGAUUCAGAUGCUUUGCACUCAAUUGCUGAGGCCUCUGGUGGUACCUUCUCUUUUAUUGAGGAUGAAGGUGUGAUUCAGGAUGCAUUUGCUCAGUGUAUAGGUGGGCUUCUCAGUGUUGUCGUUCAGAAUAUGCAACUAAAUGUGGAGUGUGUGCAUCCUGGUGUUCAGCUUCGCUCCAUCAAAUCUGGUAGUUACCUGAGUAAGGUGGCAGCAAAUGGGCGAAAUGGCUCAAUUGAUGUUGGUCAUCUCUACGCUGAUGAGGAGAGAGACUUUUUGCUGUCAGUGAGAUUACCACAAUGUCGUGAACAGACCACACUUCUGAGAGUUGCUUGUGCUUACAGAGAUUCGUUAACAAGUGAAGACUUCAGGAUUCAAGGUGAUGAGGUAAAAAUCUUGAGGACUAAAUCACCCACAUCUGAGCUGGUUUGCAUGGAGGUUGAUCGUGAGAGAAAUCGUGUCCGUGCUGCUGAUGCUAUUGAGGCUGCAAGGGCUGCUGCUGAGAGAGGCGUACUUUCUGAUGCUGUGACUAUUCUUGAUGAUUGCCGGAGGAUACUAUCAGAAUCUUUUGCAAGCAAGAGUGGGGAUCGUCUGUGCACAGCCCUUGAUGCAGAGCUGAGGGAAAUGCAAGAGAGGAUGGCUAACCGGCAACGCUAUGAGGCUUCAGGACGGGCUUAUCUGCUGUCUGGACUGAGCUCACAUUCUUGGCAGAGAGCCACUGCACGAGGCGAUUCCACCGACAGUGCUACGCUUGUCUACUCCUAUCAGACACCAUCCAUGCUUCAGAUGCUGCAGCGCUCACAGAACCACAGCCCUUCACCUCAGGGCCCAUCACAGGUCCAACAACCUAGGAUUCUCUUUGAAAAACCCCAGCCUAGAUAAAAGGUAUUGCCAUUAUCUUGCCAAGCAAGUGCAUGGAUGAUGGUGAAAAAAAAAAAGAUCAUUUGUAUGGCUGCUUAGGAGGUCAUAACGUAGUGCUUUAGCACCUGUCUUUUGUUUCUCUUGUUUGAGUCAUGGUAGUGGUGAGGCGGGCUUGGAGGUAAAUAUAUUCUGGGGGUAUACUGUGGAAGGUGAGGAGGGGCUUUGGUGGUAAAUACAUUGUGGGGGGUAUACUCCUGUGGUGUGAAGGAAUAAGUUAGACUGGUAGAGGAGGGGCUGGAGAAACUGUGUAAUAGCUUCAACGCGGUAACUGGGUAAGGUGUAGUUUAGGGUCAGGUCAGUUCAUUGUCAUUGUAUCUUUUUCCCUUUGGUCUUUGGUGAUGUAGAUAAGAGGGUCCGGUCUUGGGUUAGUA